GACGAUGUGGUAAACGCUUAUAUAAAACACAACAGAGAAGACUUCAUCACUUAUGCAUGGCUCCAAGGAGUCGUCUUGUGCUUGAUCAGCCCUUUUAUAAUCUUCGGUAACGCCUUUGUUAUUUACGCCGUAUGGAAAGACCCUUUUAAAAACUUGCAUAGCUGGCCUUCAAACUUGAUUCUUCAAUGCAUGGCAGUCGCUGAUUUACUCGCUGGAGUCGUUCUUGCCCCCAUGCAAGUGUAUUGGUUAUUUUCGCAAGCGGUAACGCAAACUUCAGCGAUAUUUGUUGGAACGUCACUGGCACACAUUUUUCUGCUUUCCAUUGAUAGACUAUUCGCAGUGAUGAGACCUUUGAGCUACAAAUUCGUCAUGAGUCGUGGAAGAAUAUCACUGGCGAUCUCUGUGCUUUGGUUGUACUUCAUUUGUUUCGGAAUCCUAAUGUCCUGCCUUCAAAACAGUAUUUUCAUUGUAACGAUCAUUUUCAUCGUGCAAAUGUUCGUUAUCUUGCAGAUAACCUUUUGU